ACACACUCACUUCUCACAACUAGUAACUAAGCACCGUCAUUUAUAUAAAGGACCACUCCUUGCGUACCCUUCACCACACUCUACACCUCUUUUUUUCUCCCUCUUAACACACAAACACACAUCUUAUGGUAAUGGACUACGGAAGACUGGGACCCUCUCAGCCCAUCAAUCCAAGAUCUUCCGGGAAGAAGAAAAUCGCCUUGCUGUCACUCUUUGGAGUCAUACUCAUAGCAGCAUCGGCGGUUACGGCCGUUGCGCUACUCUCUCAAACCAGAACAACAACGGAUCGUUCAAGGCUUCGUGGAAAGCCUACGCAAGCCAUUUCACGCACGUGCAGUAAAACGCGAUUUCAGACUGUUUGCGUCAAUUCGCUGCUCGACUUUCCCGGAUCCCAGGCCGCAUCGGAGAAGGACCUCCUUCACAUUUCCUUCAAUGUCACGCUGCAGCACUUCUCAAAGGCGCUCUACACUUCGGCUGCAAUUUCCUACGCCACCAUGGAUCCCCGCGUUCGUGCCGCUUACGACGAUUGUCUCGAACUCCUUGACGAUUCUGUUGACGCGCUUGCGCGCUCCCUCAGCACUGUCUCCCUUGGUGCUGUUGGCUCCGCCAGCGAAGAUGUACUCACAUGGCUCAGCGCUGCGCUCACCAACCAGGACACCUGUGCGGAGGGCUUUGCCGACGCCGCCGGUCCGGUGAAGGACCAGAUGAACAACAACCUCAAGGACUUGUCGGAGCUCGUCAGCAAUUGCCUCGCCAUUUUCUCUGCUGCGGCCAACGGCGACGACUUUGCCGGCGUUCCCAUUCAGAACAGGAGACGGUUGAUGACAAUGCGAGCUGAUAAUUUCCCCAGAUGGUUGAAUCGACGAGAUAGAAGAUUACUGACCUUGCCUCUGUCCGCGAUACAAGCCGAUAUUGUGGUUUCCAAGGACGGUAACGGAACCGUUAAGACCAUCGCCGAUGCCAUUAAGAAGGUCCCGGAAUACAGUUCACGCCGCUUCAUUAUCUACGUCAGGGCAGGAAGGUAUGAAGAAGAGAAUUUAAAGUUGGGGAGGAAGAAAACAAAUGUGAUGUUCAUAGGAGAUGGUAAGGGCAAAACCGUCAUCACAGGAGGAAAAAAUUAUUAUAACAACCUCACCACGUUCCACACGGCAUCCUUUGCUGCUAGCGGUUCUGGUUUCAUCGCCAAGGACAUGACAUUCGAAAACUAUGCCGGACCGGAGAAGCACCAAGCUGUGGCUCUCCGUAUCGGAGCAGAUCACGCCGUGGUGUACCGUUGCAACGUUAUCGGAUACCAAGACACCAUGUAUGUCCAUUCUAACCGUCAAUUUUUCCGCGAAUGUGACAUUUAUGGGACUGUCGAUUUCAUAUUCGGCAAUGCCGCCGUGGUCUUCCAGAAUUGUAGUCUUUGGGCCCGCAAGCCCAUGGCACAACAAAAGAACACUAUUACGGCCCAAAAUCGCAAAGACCCAAAUCAGAACACAGGCAUUUCCAUCCACAACUGUCGGAUCCUUGCCGCAUCGGAUCUAGAAGCAUCCAAGGGUAGUUAUCCAACUUAUUUGGGUCGUCCAUGGAAACUUUAUGCUAGAACGGUAUACAUGUUAUCUUACAUAGGAGAUCAUGUGCACCCACGUGGAUGGCUGGAGUGGAAUAUAUCGUCGUUUGCUUUAGACACGUUGUAUUAUGGUGAAUACAUGAAUUUUGGACCGAGUGCAGCUUUGGGACAACGAGUGAAAUGGUCUGGAUACCGGGUCAUCAAUUCCACCGAUGAAGCUUCUAAAUUCACGGUAGCACAAUUCAUAUCAGGCUCCUCGUGGUUACCAUCUACUGGAGUUUCAUUCCUUGCUGGGUUAUCAACUUAAAAUAAUGUUACACGGUUACUGUUUGACACUUUUUAUCAUUGGUCCAAAGUUUAUACUAAAUCAAUUUGCCAAUAUAAUUUUAUAGAUCUUUAUGACUGUACUGAAAUAUAAUAUAGUUUUUAUUUUUUUAACCUGAUGAUAAUAAAGAUCAUAAUGUAAAGAGUGUUUUGAUGUAA